AUGCCGGCAGUUCUAUCAACGCUUAUGGACUACAAAAGUCUCCUGUUAGAUGAUAUAAAGAAUUUACUUAGGCCAGAUAGUAACUUUGACGUGUCCAUAUCUGCCGGCAGGGAUCUGGCAAGGCAGACGUUUCGGGCUCAUAAAUUUAUAUUGAGUCUUCGCUCGCCCUUUUUUCGUAAACAGUUGGUCGAAAGAGAGAUGGAAGAGAACGAAGGGAUAGCCGAAUACACAGGGGACCCGUGUACUUUUAAUUUUGAAGACAUUUCACCGCCCGUGUUUGAUGUCGUGCUUCAGUAUAUAUACACGGGGAUACUUCAGAUACAAAACCUCACUGAUCGCAUGGGUGUCUUUUUGGAAUUAGUUUCGAUUACUCACACGUUGGAAUUGGAUCAUCCUUGCAAGUACGCGCAAGCCUAUACGCAAAGAAAAUACGAAACAGAGCUGAAAGCUGAGUUUGUGAGAGUCAAAAACUUCUGCCAAAAACACCGCAACCUCAGUAUACUCCAAAAAUUCGUUGACAGGACUAUCCUCGGCAACAACCCUGACGUCGUUUUCGAUGCCGUUGAUUUGAAUAAAUUGGAUCGACCGACGUUGGAGAAAAUCGUACGACGACCUGAUUUGCUUACACCAGAAAUCAAAAUAUGGGACAAAGUCUUGGAAUGGGCCAAGGCACAAUCACCAAGUCUUCCAAAGAAUGCCGAGGACUUUAGUAACGAUGAUUUCAUCGAACUUGGCAAACGCCUAGAACCAUUUCUUCCUUACAUUUACAUACGCCAAGUCCAGCCAAAAGAUUUUUUCCAUAGCGUGCAGCCGUAUCAAGAAUCUCUGCCAAAAGACUAUUACAACAAAAACUUGAAAUUCUUUCUUGAUACCGAAAGCCGCGACGUCCAGCAACAUAGAUUAGGAUUUGACUCGAAACUGCUCAAUCGGACGCGAUGUGCUGCCAUUGUAAAUUGGAUUGACUCGGAGUCUUUCAACAAUGAUCCAUCAAGCACUCGCUACGCGUUGAAGCUCAUUUACCGUGCAAGCAACGAUGGGUUUAACGAUACGGAUUUUCACAGACUUUGCGAUAACAAAGGCCCAACCGUAGUAGUAAUCAGAGUAAAAGAGACGGGAGAAAUUCUCGGAGGAUACAACCCUUUGUCUUGGGAUAAGACUAAUCAGUACAAAGCGACCGACAAGAGCUUCUUGUUCAACCUGAUAACUAUAGAAGAGACGGAAGCCUACAGGGGCAUACCGGAGAAACGUUCUAAACUGCAAAGGUUUAAAGUUAUCCAAAGCGACAAGGCGAUUUAUUGUGGGGCUAACUAUGGUCCUACGUUUGGGAAGGGUCAUGAUCUGGUCGUGUUCGGUCCAGGUCUAAUGGCUAGGCCAUCUCAUUGCAAAAAAAGUUCGUACGAAGCACAGCUGAGAGAAGGACCUAAUACUAAUUUUGUUCCCGAAGAAAUCGAAGUUUUUCGAGUGGUGGAAUUAAAUAACGCGGAUUGGCCGUCUGUAGAAUAG